CUCCAGCUGUAGAUGUGAGGGUGACGUUUACUCUGAGAUGACAGACUAAUACUGUAAAACGAAACGUUGGACACCUUUUACCAGAGUCUCCCUGCAGUCCUGCUCACUCCGGACCUUCAGGUAGACUCAACUGGCCGCGAGGUGAAGUCUGUGCGGAUGUUUGAAUGUAUCGGUGCAGUCUAUUCUCAAUUAAUCGUUAUAUGAGGAACCGCUACGUUGGAAUGAGAGGCCUCACCAACUACAAUCUGUCCUGCUGUGUGAACACUUUACUCCAGACCUUCUCUGCUACCUGGGAAGUAGGAGACCUUCUAGCCAAGUGGGAGGCAGCCGACGUGGGAGCGGACGGUCGUAAUGUCCCCCUGCAGCUGAAGAGAGUUCUCGCGGACAUGAGGAGCGACAGCCCUCAGCAGACUCCUCACCGUGACUUCCUCCACGCUCUACAUGGGAACCGAGUUCGACUUUCUAUGCAGCAUGAUGCCGAUGAGGUGUUCCUCUACAUCUUGAACUUCAUGCAACAGCAGAUGGACGACAAACCUCUGGCUCUUGAAAUCCAGGAUCUGUACAAGAUUUCGUUGGAGACGUACCUGCAGUGUUUAGAGUGCAACUCCGUCCAGACUCUGACCAGCUACAUGCUCAGCCUGUCUCUGCACGUGAAGGAAGAUCACGAUUCCCUGGAGGACUGCAUGACCUCCUUCUUUCAGCAUCAGGAGCUAAGGGGCAUAAAUUGCUGCUUUUGUCCAACAUGUGGAAAGAAGACUCCAUCUAAACAGGCUUUCAAACUGCUCUCCCUGCCUCAUAUCCUGUGCGUGCACCUGAAAAGGUUUCGGAAUCACGGCGGUUUCACCCAAAAACUUGAUUGCAAGGUCACCUUUCCGGAAACCUUUGACUUCUCCGAGACCCUCAAAGAAACAUUCUCGUCAGACUUUGCUCAGAUUGACUGCAAUUACACAUUGCAUGCAGUGGUAGUGCACUCUGGAUCUGCAAUGUGUGGUCACUAUACUGCCUACGUUCGUCAACAUGGGAACCAGCGCUGGUACUAUGCCAAUGAUAGCCACGUGCAAGAGGCCUCCUGGAAAGAUGUGCAGAGCACAUAUGGAGAAAGUCACAGACAUACAGCAUACAUGUUAAUGUUCAGAAGAGGUACGAAAGAGGACGGACCACAGCCAGAACUUUCUGGUUGAGUGGAUGGAUGCAGAUGAAUUAUACCCGGGGUUGUGGUGCAAUAUUGGCUCUAUAGGAAUAUAAACAUGCAUUUGCUUGACAUAAUCUAUUGUAUUUUUGUUGUGAUUAUAUUGGAUCGUAUCAUUUAUGAUUUUUCUGAGCUCAUUUAGAUUGUACUUCAGCACAGUCAUUUCUGACAAACACCAGCAGGUGGCGACGAAGACUCGACACACUGAUGGGUUUUCCAACCUCAGACCACACACACUCAUGAACACACUCAGUGGGGGGUGGGGGGGAGGUGGUGGUGGUGGUGUUGGAGGUUGAGAAGAAUGCUUAGCUUAGGUAUUCACUGUUUGGGGGGAAAUACCUGCUAUUGGAGUCAGUGUUCAUGUUCCUGACACUGGUGUAUCAUAUAUGAGUCACCCAUGAAGAUCAAUGAAGUCAUUUUUUUGGGCUGCCAAAAAAUAAAGAAAUCUCCUAUUUGUA